UUGUCGUCUGCUUGUAAAAAUCGCAGGUAUGACACAUGAUACUACAGAAGGAUGCUAAAAACAAGGAGACUGUUAAAAAUGUAGUCCAUACUAUGCAUAGCGGUGGUACACAUAAGAAUACAUGGUCCGAGUCUGAUGAACUGCUCUCGAGUAUGAGAGCGUGAAUAACAUGCGUUUUAUGCGUGGAAAGAUCAGUACAGUGGGACCGGUACUUAGCCACUUUAGGCGAGAGAAGUGAGACCGAAGAGACAGAAUGAGACGUCAGGAUUUCGACAACCAUGCACCGAGAAUGGAGAAAGUCCCACCGUUUAAAGUCCUGGGAACGGUGGGUCCUUAUUAUCCACCUUCCUCACCACCGCCGCCGCCGCCACCCAGGGCUCCGGAGCCGUACAAGAUAACACCUGCAGUCACUUCCUCGAACAGGGCUCACAGACGUUCUAGCUUUGUGAUAAUAGCCGAGACACGGCCCAUUACGCCGAAUUCGAGGAGUUCGUCGCCAAGCUUGGCUUCGGGUCGUGUGUCACCCUUUCGAGGAAGAGGAUUUAAGGGUCCUCCGCCACACGCACAGUCCAGGCCACAAACGCCAGAUCACCAGGAGUCUAAAAAACUUGCCAGAAGUGGCAGACGGGCACCAGUCUCCCAGCAAAAUAGUCCAAAACGCAGUCUUAUUCCACAGCCAACACGACGUAGGUCAAUAUCUUUAAGCAAUGACGAGGAUCAUAGUAUCUCACUGAUAUAUGGACGCCGGACCAAUCCAAAAAAUCAGCCAAUCGCUUCAACAAGGUUGGUUUCCAAUAGAAGAGGGUCUUUGAAACCACCAGGAUUAUCACCGAUUCAAGGAACGCCAACGAAACCUCUGGCCGCGAGGAAGAGCAGUUUCAAUGCAAAAGACCUGUCCAAGGAUAGGAAAGUGUCGCCGACAAAGUCCAGAAGGAAUUCACUGCUACCACCGAAAAGUGUUUCAAGCUCGCGAAGAACUAGUCGUGAAAUAUCACCAAAAAAGGAAACGCCCACGUCGCCAUCUAGAAUUCCUCUGAAGAGAGGAUCGAGCACAAAGAAGGGUGGGACCGUGCAGACACAAUUGAACAGACGUUCGUCCAUCACGAAAUCUUUGAAGUCAGGCGACAGUCAAACUAAGCGAUUUAUAAACGACAAUUCAACUAAGAAGAUAGACCAUGAAAAGAAGGCAGAUGUUGUUAAAGAAGAUGGUUCGCGGCAAGACUCGCAAAAGGAACAAACUGAACCGACUCAGGACAAUCUUAAAAGUGUUUUCGAUAAGGAAAGUAAACGGGACGUAGACGAAGGUUUGGGUUUGGUAGAUCUUCUUAAACAGUCCUCUGGAGCUACUGGAACGUCCAGCAUGGUGAAUACUACGACGACUACAGCAGUGCAGCCAUUACAUAUCGAUGCUGCAACGAUACUGAAAGAUAUGGAUGUCCCUGGAAGAUCUACAAAGGAUGGGAGUCAGGCAAAGCAAGAGGAUGGAUUGCAGAGUGGUUCAACGAAAUCAAACAUAGCGCAGGAGAGAACUUCCGGUCAGGCUUCGUCGCAAUCUGGACAAAAUGGACAAGAAACAAGUCAACGGGGAAAUAAUGGUAAUGCAACAAAUGGAAAUAUCAAUGGACCAAUUAACGAAGAUCUGGGAAAGAUUAAUAACGGUACAAAAAAUGGAUCCAUUAACAGUAUGGUGAAUGCAGGAAACGGAGAACACUCGAGAACUGCUAAUUCGAGUCAAUCAGUGAAGAGUUUUAACAAAGCAGGCGGCAGCAGUAACAUUGAGAACGCUUCCGGUAAUCAAGUGAACAAUAGUAACAAAGGCCAAAGUGUAAUUAACGAGGGGCACGCGAGUGCAAAAUCGAACGAUAAAAAAGUGCUGGAAAGAAAUGGGGAUACCAGUGACGAUGGCGACAUGAAAAAUCUGAAUCAGUUGCAAACCAACGCUUCCGGUAAAACAAGUACACUGGAUCAAUCCAUCACCAUUCAGAAUGAAAAUUCAAAAAAUAAUAAUAAUUCUGUUCAAGCGACCAUUCAUUCAGGGUAUAAUAAAUCAGAUGGUAAGAGUAACGAUUCUUCUCAGACUGGAAAACUAAAAAAUGUCUCAGACGAUAAACAAACGAACAACAGUACCGGCGGUAGAAUAAAAAAUGCCACAAGUGCUGUAAGCGUAUCCAAAGUGAACGGUGGGACAAAAAUUGGGGAUCACGGUAGUAACAUUUCUGUUAAGUCAUCUAGUGAAAUAUCAACGGGCUCCAUGAGUAGCGUCAGGUCGACUGACACUGGGGUGAGCGUGAAUACAGUGCGGGGUGUGUCUUCGGCACGCGAGAAAAAAGGAAUGCACACAGUGAAGAAACCGCAGGAGAUCGAGACUCUUAGCUGGAACGUAAUGCAUCUAGAGCAAAAUGGAGAACCUGCUGUGGUGGCUUCUGAAAGUCAGGACAACCAGGAUCAUCAGACUGAGCUCAGUCGCUGGAGGAAGCAUCUCGCGCGUUACUCAGCUUGCUGCUCGAAUAUGAGGUGUUUGGCUUGUCGAAGAGGACCAAAGGCUCAGGCUUGGUUGGGACGAUCUGCACCUGCGGCUGCAGCUACUGCAACUGCAGUUAAUACUGCGUCUAAUGCGGAGACUGAAAAAGCAACGGGAUGUUUGACCAAGUUGAAGACGGCUUACAAAUGUCCACAAUGGCCACGAAGCAAGUGCUUUGCAAGAGGCUCAAGGGUCGCACCUGCUGAGAGCAACGUUUGCUGUCCACCUGAAAGAAGAUGCGGUGCACUGUGGCGCAGACUGUUUGCUAGGUGCAAGUCCAGUCGUCCCGACGUCGAGCGUACUCGAAGCAUUAGAGCUAAACAGAGUUUGACGAGCGUCGCUGCGCCUCCUGUUUCAGAGGAACCCAAAGUCAAAAUUCCCGAAGUUUUAGUGGAACAUAAUUCCUUAAUGCGCGGAGCCAUUCCCUGUCUUCCUGUAACCCUCGCAUGGUUUUGCCUCGUUUGGAAUGUUCUAUUGCCAGGAAGUGGUACACUUUGGAGUGGACUAUUCAACUUAUACGUGGGUCAACCGAGAUUCUCAGCCGUGGCUGGUCCUAAAGCGAGAUUCGGUGCAUUUAUAGUUAAUCUGGUGGUGGGAGCUGGUCAACUGUUUACCGUAUUGUUCUGUCUGGUUGGUUGGGGUUGGAGUAUCUGGUGGGGCGUCACUAUGGUUCGAUUAGCUAGAAAGUAUAAGCGGUUCCGUGAUUCGGAAGCUGCGAGUGCUGACCCUGAGGCCAGGGCUGGUGAGCCUGCUGCCUUGCCACCUGGUGUCCCAAGUCAAGCAUUGCGUGGCAUGGAGAGAGCACGGUAAACUGGAGUGGAAAACUGGCAACGAAUUCUCUCAAGGAUUCUAGAAAUUGCUUUCAGUGAAAGCAUCGAAGAUGGAAACGCUCUGGAGAAAUGCAUUGCGUCUACGUGCGGCUAUUGCUUUCUCUUAAUUUCGUUUGAUCUUUCUGAUAUGGGUGACCUCUAUGAAAUUUUUACUCUCUCUUGAAGAGGAUCACACACGCACGCACGCACACAUUAUACUGGUUAUCAAAACUUGAAAAAUAUUUUCAAGAAUUUCGUAUUGAAUUUUUUAACGCCUUUGCUACUCUCGGCUGGUAAAAGAAAAAAACCUCGAAAGGACCUGCAUCCCCUAUUUUUACAGAGGACACGCAACAACGUAUCUAUGUAUCCAAUAUGGCGCGAGUAUUAAUACGUUAGAUGUAAAUGUACAAAACGAAAAAAUAUAUAACGAAAACCGUUACUUUUUACUUCCAAACGGCGUCUCCGUUAUAUUUUUUUACCUGACCGUUUUAAAUUCAUCCUUUUUUUUUCUAUUCAAACGACAUUCUCUUUUUCCUUGAGAAUCUUCAGACAGCGUGAAAUUGAUUUGCUCAUUGGACAAAUGACGACAUGACUAAAUGAUAAAAAGUAAUGACGGAUCAUCGUGAAGAACGAUUGAUAACGAGCAAUAAUAAAAAAGUACAUAUAACGAGCACAAGAAGGUAAGCGGGAAAAAAUCUGGAAAAAAUCACCGGAGACUCAAGUGAUUUAGAUAAACAGUAAGAUUGUCGUGAGCAUCGCGGUAGAGUUAAGUAUUGUUUUUUUUUUUCUAUCUCAUCUCGUUGGCAUAUGAAGGUUGUAUACUGUUGAGUAGAUAGAGUCAUUGUCGAGUGACUGGUGUCAUUCUUCUGUCACUGAUAAGGGGAUGGUGCCAGUUUUUCAGCAGUCGGUAGACAGUAAGUAAAUAUAGUUUGCAUGGUAUAUAUGGUAUAUAUGGUGUGGGUGUCAAUGAAUCGAGUCGCUGACGUUGAAUAUAUUGAGUAGUAUGUUUAAUGAUGUGACUCCAUAAUAUGUCAAUAUGCACAAGUAAAUAUUGUUAUUAUAAUAGAAGUGUUACAGUGUGUAUGUGAUUUUUUACCGUAAUAAAUCUAUAAGUAUACUCGUUAUUAUUAAGAACUUAAAAUAAAUCUAAAGAAUAAACUACAUCACUAUAGCUAGCGAAUAUAGCAAAUAACCCUAUUAAUGUCUUUUACUAGCAGCGCUCGGCGAGAAAUGUAUGUAAUUCUUUACCUCACUUUUUUUUUCGACUACUUUGUUACUCUUUUAUCAAAUUAACUGUCCUAG